AUAAUGAGGGUGGAGAGGUGUCUCCACCUGUAGGCGCUGGAGUGGACAGCAACAGCUGGCAUUUCCGAUAUGGGCCGGGUCCCGGAGGCCCUCCGCACCUGAAACCCGGUGAAGUUCCUCCCGAAGCCUUCAUCAUUCCUGGAUCUCCGGCCAUUAUUUCCAUCAGACAAGGACAGGACGGUGACGACAAGAGCGACUUUAUUACCUUUGGGAAAAAGGAGGAGGCCAAGAAGUUAAAGAAGAAAAAGAAGAAGGAGAAGAAGGAUAAGCGGGAGAAAGGGAAGGAUGAUGAUGAUUAGAGAGACAGAGGAAGGAUGUCUUUUAAAAGACAGAAGUCUCAACGAAAGUCUGUAGAACAAAAAGCGUGCGUUUAUUAAGUCUGAGAUGCAUAUUUGGGAGCUCGUCCAAAUGUUUUCUUUUUACAAAAACGUUCCUGUUCGAUUACACAAAUACAUGGCAUCCCUUUCCAUUUCUUAAUGAUGAAACUGAUUAAUCUUGCCUGUUAGAUUACUGAUUAGUGUUCUCUACAAUUCAGACUGGAGUUGGUACGUCUGUCUUUUUCAUCCGAUUGGCUUUUGUUUUCCUUUUGAUAGGAAGACAAAAUCUGAUGUAUAAUGUUUGUUAGCUGUGUGCCGCUUCAAGUGUGUUAAAAUGCAGGAGGGAAAAAAAAACUGCACAUGCUGGUGUAAAUAUGCAGGUCGAGGUGUGUGAAGACGCUAAGUUAACGCUUUUUGCUCAUUCACUUCUCCUGGUGCAGGAUGGGAGAAACAUCCUGUAAAACGAGAGACGCUGAUACAUAUUUUCACACAGAGGACACAAAAAAAGUCUCACAUCCUCGAAAUAAA